AUGGAAAUUGGCGUUUUCACAAAAAUAAAUGGGAAACCUUACAGGCAGCCUGAACCCAGUUAUGCAAAAGACCAUAAGAAGUUUCUGUCAUUAGAGUGGGAUGAAAUCUUGCUGAAUAUUUUAGGCUAUCCUAGUGGACAAGACAAUGAGACAAGAGUUAUUCCAUGCCUGCAAAAAGGUCACGAUUUGUGGUCCGGUAGAAUCAAGAUGUCACCCCCAGCAGGAAAUAUCAUAUCCCUAAAAUUAGCGAAAUUUGGAGUCAAAUUCUUGAACUUUUAUUUGGUAAUGACAACAAACUAUCCAUUAACUGGGGGUAAAGCCGUACCUGAAACUACCACUGCCGUCAAACGCCAGAACAACAACAACAACAGACCACAUACAAUUGGUUGCAAAGUAGAUGGAAGAGUUAGAAAUUUUGCGCAUUCUAUAAAAAAGUAUUUGGUUUGUAAUAUGGCCACAGUUUAUAAAGCUUCUUUCAGCUUUAUCGAUGUUAAUUAUGACUUACGCGGCUGUGAUGCCUUGCGACAAAUAUCUAUGAAGUGGGUUCAAAUUUCUGCAAAGUACAAAGAUAUCAAUUCAAACUUUAUCCUUUGGUUGGAGCCUUGA